UCACUCGUCUCUUCUCACAGUCAUCAGGUUGUUUGAUUCUUCUCUAUCAGGCACUACAGGUAUCAAACGCUGCAGGUAUGAAGCUGAAACUGAAGCUUCCCAAUCCGGGUCUGGAGGACCGCAUUCCCUCUCACGCCGAGCUGGAGAAGAUGGAGGUGGAGGAGGCUGGAGACAGACCCAAAUGGGACAACAAAGCCCAGUACAUGCUCACCUGUGUGGGCUUCUGUGUGGGACUGGGGAACGUCUGGAGGUUCCCUUACCUGUGUCAGAGCCACGGAGGAGGAGCGUUCAUGAUUCCCUUUCUGAUUCUUCUGGUUCUGGAGGGAGUUCCUCUUCUGCAUCUGGAGUUUGCCAUCGGACAGAGACUGAGGAAGGGCAGUGUUGGCGUCUGGACUUCCAUUAACCCUUAUUUAUCUGGGGUUGGUAUCGCCUCCAUGUUGGUGUCCUUCAUGGUGGGCAUGUACUACAACACCAUCAUCGCCUGGGUCAUGUGGUACUUCUUCAACUCGUUUCAGGACCCUCUUCCCUGGAGUCAGUGUCCCGUCAAUGAAAACAGGACAGGGCUGGUGUCUGAAUGUGCGCGCAGUUCUCCGGUGGAUUAUUUCUGGUACAGAGAGACGCUGAACACGACUCCGGCGAUCGGCGAGUCUGGAGGUCUUCAGUGGUGGAUUGUUCUGUGUCUGUUAUGUGCCUGGACGCUGCUUUGGGUCUGCUGUCUGAGAGGAAUCGAGACCACCGGGAAGGCGGUGUAUGUCACCUCCACGCUGCCGUACGUGGUCCUGACGAUCUUCCUGAUCAGAGGACUGACCCUCAAAGGAUCCGUGAGUGGAAUCAAGUUCCUGUUUACACCGGACCUGGAUGAGCUGUUGGAUCCGUCGACGUGGCUGGACGCAGGUGCUCAGGUGUUUUACUCCUUCUCUCUGGCUUUCGGAGGUCUCAUCUCUUUCUCCAGCUACAACUCUAUACAUAAUAACUGUGAACAGGAUGCUGUUAUCAUCUCAGUGAUAAACGGUUUCACAUCCAUCUACUCUGCUAUCGUAAUUUACUCCAUCAUCGGCUUCAGAGCGACGGAGCGGUUUGACGACUGCCUCAAUGGAAACAUCCUGACGUUACUGAACACAUUUGAUCUACCUGAGGGAAACAUCACAGAGAGCAACUAUGACUCAUUUAUCCAGAAUCUCAACAGCACGGCACCAGACGUCUUCCAGGAACUCAACCUGAAGACCUGCGACAUACAGGCGUUCCUCAGUCAGGGAGUUGAGGGAACAGGUCUGGCCUUCAUUGUCUUCACUGAGGCCAUCACCAAGAUGCCCGUCUCUCCUCUCUGGUCAGUGCUCUUCUUCAUCAUGCUCUUCUGCCUCGGACUGUCCACCAUGUUUGGCAGUGUUGAGGGGGUGGUGGCGCCACUCCAAGACUUGAACAUCUUCCCGAAGAGGUGGCCUAAAGAGGCGUAUACAGGUCUGGUGUGCUUUGUCUCCUUCGGUCUCGCUAUAAUCUUUGCCCAGGGUUCUGGUGAUUACUGGCUGGCUUUGUUUGACAGCUUCGCUGGUUCGAUCCCCUUGCUGAUCAUUGCAUUCUGUGAGAUGAUAGCUGUGGCAUACAUUUAUGGAAUUGACAGAUUCAAUGACGAUAUUAAGUUCAUGAUCGGCCACAAGCCCAACAUCUUCUGGCAGGCCACCUGGAGGCUCAUCAGUCCUCUCAUAGUGCUGGUCAUCUUCCUGUUUUACUUGGCCACCACUGUGAGCAAAAGCCUCACCUACAUCGCAUGGGAUCCGGAAUAUGAAAAUUUUCCGAACCUGGUGACGCUGCCUUACCCGGACUGGAUUUAUGCAAUAAUCUUCAUUCUGUCUGGAGUUCCGGCUUUGGUCAUUCCGACAGUGGCUUUAUACAAACUCAUCAGGAACCGCUGCUGCGGGAAAGAGGAGAGACACGCAGAACUGCCAGUGUACUCCGUCUCCGCCAAAAUAGAAAUGACUGACGAGCUAAAAAAGCCAGAGGUCACCACAGCCGCAGUGCAUGCAGACAAUCAGAGCAAACAUCAUUCUCAGUGAACACAACUACAAUAACAGACUUAAACAACCAAUCGGCCAAUCACAGGGCUGGAUUGGGACAUAAAAGCACAUUCAGCAGAACUCGACUGGAACGCCAGAAAUAGACAGAAGUCAAGAGUCACGUUGAGUUGUGCUGCUCAUGCGGGUGCCACAGGUUCAAGUCUGGUCUCUUUACCAUACAGAAAUGUCUAUUAUAUACAAGAGAACAGAUGAUAAAGCUGAAAUUUCACCCUAAAUAAUUUAUACUGAAGUUUACAAUUGCACUGAGGACGAAAUUAUUCAUGCUUUUCUGUUGUUUUUAUUUGCAUUGACAAACAA